CUGUUCCCCCAGUCAGUCAAUGUGAGACAGCCAUAAUGGCGUCUCCCAUUCUAAAGUGGAAAAGAGUUGCAAAUGCGACAGGCCCAAGUCCAAGGCCUCGUCAUGGCCAUAGAGCAGUUGCUAUAAAAGACCUUAUGGUAGUUUUUGGAGGAGGGAAUGAAGGAAUUGUUGACGAAUUACACGUUUAUAAUACCGCGACAAAUCAAUGGUUUGUUCCGCCCGUGAAGGGAGAUAUCCCGCCCGGAUGCGCUGCCUUCGGCUUCGUGGUGGACGGGACCCGCAUCCUCGUGUUCGGGGGAAUGGUCGAGUACGGCAAAUACAGCAACGAACUAUUUGAACUACAGGCUUCAAGAUGGGAAUGGAAAAAAUUAAAACCAAAGUCUCCGCGAAACGCUCCACCACCAUGUCCUCGCUUGGGACACAGUUUCACACUAAUAGGAAACAAAGUUUACCUAUUUGGAGGGUUGGCUAAUGACAGUGAGGAUCCCAAGAACAAUAUUCCUCGUUAUCUGAAUGAUCUGUACACCCUGGAGAUUAGACCCAACUCCAAUAUCAUGCAGUGGGAUGUACCUAGCUGCUACGGACAAGCUCCGCCCCCUCGGGAAUCCCACUCCGCCACGGCGUAUACAGACAAGGACGGAUUAAAUCCUAAAUUAAUAAUUUACGGGGGUAUGUCUGGGUGCCGACUCUCAGAUCUAUGGAUCCUACAUAUAGAUACAAUGACUUGGAAUAAACCUCAGCUGGGUGGAGUACAGCCCCUUCCUCGUUCUCUUCACAGCGCUACAAUGAUCGGAAACAGGAUGUUCUGUUUCGGUGGCUGGGUCCCCCUUGUCAUGGACGACGUUAAGGUUGCGACCCAUGAGAAGGAGUGGAAGUGCACCAACACCCUGGCCAGCCUCAACAUGGAGACAAUGAUCUGGGAGUCCUUGUCUCUCGAGGUAUUUGAGGACGCAAUGCCGCGUGCAAGAGCAGGACACUGCGCAGUAUCAAUCCAUUCUCGGUUAUGGAUCUGGUCGGGACGGGAUGGAUACAGGAAAGCGUGGAACAACCAGGUCUGCUGUAAGGAUCUCUGGUACCUGGAGACAGAACGACCUGCAGCUCCAGGACGGGUUCAGCUUGUCCGAGCCUCAACCCACAGUCUGGAGGUGUGCUGGGGAAGUAUACCUACUGCUGACGCAUACCUACUGCAGGUACAAAAGUAUGAUAUGCCCGCCACUGCUCCAGUAACAACAACAACCAACAGUGUUACCGCCGCUCUCCCGUCCCCGUCUACUAUCUCAACCUCAGCGCAGCAUCAAGCACAGGCUAUCAAUUCUAUAACGACACAGCAGGGAAUACCAAGUUUAGUCUCCCCGGUCAAAUCAGUCCAGCAGCCGACAAUCAUCCGUAUGUCGAGCCCCAUGGUGUCCCAGGUUGCCAUGUCCUUGCCCAGCGGUGUAGCCGGUGUGCGCCCGGUCACCAACAUUGUGCGCGUUCGUGCGCCUUCUGCAGGUUCUGCUGCGCUCGUUCCCGGUCAGCAGAUCAAAGUUGUCGGAGCUUCCGGUCAAACUCACAUAAUUAAAUCUGCACCUGGUCAAGGGGGCAUGACCGGUAUUGCUGCCCUGGCUGCUGCAGCUGCUCAGCAAGGGAAGAUGGUGACCUCAAUAGCAGGUGUAGGAGGUCAGCAGACGGCUAUCAAGGUUCUACAAAGCAGUGGAGGUUUAGUUACUCAACAGGGAAUAAAAAUGACACAGGCCACUCUCGGGCAAACUGCGGUCAUUGGAGGUCAAACAGUACGACUAGCAUCUCCAGGGGGGACCUUGUUAAAACCAGGGACUGCUAUAACUGGUCCAGGUGGCAAACAGAUAAUUCUACAGAACAAGGGACCUGGAGGGGCUCAAGGACCUCAGAUAGUUACCCUCGUCAAAACAAGUCAAGGGAUGCAGGUUGCUACUGUACCUAAGGGAGCUGGAACCAAUGUUGGACCAAGGAUAGUUCAAGCUGCACCGGGCAAACAAAUACCUCAAGGAGCAACUAUUGUCAAGCUUGUCAAUGCUCAGGGGCAACCAGUUGGUCAGCUGACCAAGCCUGCUGUGUCGGGUGUAAAGACUAUCUCCAGCACUAUGAUGACCAUGAAUAAGGCUGGAGGAAUGCAGGUGCAGGGUGGAGUACAUGUUCAAGGUGGGGUACAGGUUCAAGGAGGAGUACAUAUGCAGGGUGGAGUACAAGUUCAAGGACUGGGGGGAAAACAAACUAUUGUUAUCAACAAGGGAGGUUCUGCGAUCAGAACUGCCGGAGGACAGCAGGUUCUAGUGAUGACGACCUCGGCUGGGAUGAAAUCUGUUCCCCAGGCUCAGUACUCAGUAGCAGGAAGUGGUCAAAUAGGAGGUCAGCUUAGUGGUCAGACUGUCUACGCUACACAAGGGGGUAUGAAGAUGAUAGUUGUAUCCAGCGGUCAAAUCUCCAAUACCUCCAACAGGCCGGUUAUGAUGAGUAUUCCAAACCAGUUGCAGGGAGUAAAAACUGUAAGUAUGCUUGGUAAACCUGGAGUACCCACCCAGCUCCUGAGCAGUGGUUCAGGACAGAUACUUACUCUUCCGGCUCAAGGAGUUCUUCCAGGAUCAACACAAACCAUGAUGAUAGGUGGUAAACCAGUAACAGUGCUCACAAGUGGUGCCGGUGUACAGGGGAAAACUGUACAGCUUGUCAGCGGUGCAACUGCACAGCAGUUUGUCAGCGGUGUCAAUCCUCAGCAGUUUGUCAGCGGUGGUGCAGGUCAGCAGUUUGUCAGCGCUUCCCAACAGAUCAUCUCCUCCGGUCAUCAGGUGGUCAUGGGGAGUGGGCAACAGAUGGUUGUGAUGCAGGGAGCUGCUCCCACCGCAAGCCUGACCGCUAGCGACGGACCGGUCACUAGUGACGCAGCUCUAGCUCAGCUGGCCGCCGAAGCAGGACUGCUGGAGGGAGAGGGGGAAGGCGUAACAUUGAUGCAGGGCGGGCAGGUGGACGGAGGGAUGGUAACGCCCCAGGAGUUGGAGCUUGUGGAUUUUGGUGGGAUGGAUAUGAACCAGUAUCUGAAUAUGUUCAGCUCACAGCUAGACGGGGAUCCAGGGGAUAUCGAGGAGAAGGAGGAGCAGGAGCAACCCAAGGAGAAUCAGGAGAACACAGACGACAUUACGAACACAAACCACAUCACGAACACAAACCAGGUUUCCGAACCAGUUCCUGAACAGAGUACACCAGUUGAACAGAAUGAUACCGACCUGGAGCAGAGUAAUGAAUCCAGAGUUGAAGGAAUAGUUGAAUCAAAGACAGAAGAGAGCAGUAAUAGCCAAAGUACAAACGAGACUGAAGAGGAACCAGAGAAACCUAUUGAUCAUGUUCCAGCUCCCGCUGAACCAGAACCGACAAAGGAACUGACGAAAACAGAAUCUGAACCUGCCGGUGAAACCAAGGCCCCGGAACCUACAGUCAUGGUUGAACCCACUCCGACAGAACCCAGUCCUACGACGGAGAACAAUCAAACCAUUAUAAAUAAAACUCCGACUUCAAAUCCGGUUCUAGAUCCCCCGGUUGCUGAAACAGUUCCGGCUUCGGAAUCUGUUUUUGAUCCUUUACCCGUGACAGAACUUAGCUUCCCACUUCCCCUAGUCCUAAACACACCUAAAGCUAAACUAGAACCUCUUCUUGAUCCAGCUCUUAACAUUAAAGAAGAAAAAUUAUUUUCCAAUGAACCUUUAAAAUCCGGGAAUGGUGUUGGGGCGGAGACGGAGGAGAGACCUGACCAGGCGGAUAUGGAUGGAGCAUCAGCACUCGCUGCGCUCGCUUCCGCCGCUAGUAUAGCUCAAAAUACUGUCAAGCAGGAGACCAAUGGUAUCAAGAACGAGAUUGAUGAGAUUUUACUAGAAGACAAAAAGAAGGAUUUAUCUUGGUUCGAUGUUGGAAUAAUAAAGGGAACCUCUUGUACAGUAUCAAGCUACUACCUACCUUCUGGAGAUCUGGAGAGAUCAGAAAUAGAUAUAGAGAAUGAUGAGAGUAUAAGUAAGAAAUUGGAACUCCAGCCUGGUACAGCAUACAAGUUUAGAGUAGCGGGGAUAAACGCCUGUGGUCGAGGUGCUUGGAGUGAGAUCUCUGCCUUUAAAACCUGUUUACCUGGUUUCCCUGGAGCCCCAUCGGCGAUCAAGAUCAGUAAAUCCGCCGACGGUGCACACUUGUCCUGGGAACCGCCUUCCACGAGCACCGGCGAUAUCGUCGAAUACAGUGUUUACCUUGCAGUUAAAUCUGCCACUACCUCCGCCCAGGGCGAUACAAAAACAGUUUCCAGUAGUCCCAGUCAGCUCGCAUUUGUUCGCGUAUUUUGUGGUCCAAGCGCACAGUGUGUUGUACCUAACAGUAGUCUAGCCGCUGCACAUAUUGACACUACAACCAAACCAGCAAUCAUAUUUAGGAUAGCUGCGAGAAAUGACAAGGGAUAUGGCCCAGCAACGCAAGUCCGGUGGUUGCAAGAUGCUAACAGCCCCGCUUUAUCUGGGAAGUCUGGUUUGAAGAGGCAGGCUAGCGGGGGUGGGGGCGUGUCCAACAAGAUGCCUAAGAUCUAGAUCCAGUACAGUACAAUAGUACAUAUAGCAGUUCCGUCGUGUCCGUUUAGCGGAUUUACAGUGCCCUUUUUGAGGAUAUUUCGGAGUAGUAAUUUGCUUCAAAUUUAAUUUAAACUCAAGCCGUAUUUUUUUUAUUUUUUGUGCACACCCUACACUUGUACUGUGGGUGGAUGUACUGUACGUGUAAAUAAUUGCUUAUACUAAUCUUGUGUACAUGAUCAUGUACAUCAAAAGCCCGUGUAGACAAGGUUGAUGUAACUUAAGUAUGUUUUUGUACAUAAAACUGAAACUUUA